CAUAUUGUCACAGCCAUGAUAGGUGCAGGUGUUCUCAGUCUGCCCUAUGCCAUGGCUUACUUAGGCUGGGGUCCAGGGACAAUGGUUCUAGCGUUAGCUUGGUGCAUGACUUUGAACACAAUGUGGCAAAUGAUACAGCUCCAUGAAUGCGUUCCUGGGACUCGAUUUGAUCGUUACCUCGAUCUUGGUAGACAUGCUUUUGGGCCAAAACUGGGGCCAUGGAUUGUACUGCCUCAGCAAUUGAUUGUUCAAGUUGGGUUUGAUAUUGUUUACAUGGUCACUGGAGGGAAGCGUCUAAAGAAGUUCGUGGAGAUUACUUGUGCCACUUACACACCUAUCAGGCAAUCUUACUGGAUUUUGAUAUUUGGUGGCAUUCAUUUCUUCCUGUCUCAGCUUCCCAAUUUCAAUUAUGUGGCCGGUGUUUCAUUAGCAGCAGCAAUCAUGUCCCUUAGCUAUUCAACCAUAGCCUGGAUAGGUUGCUUAAGCCAUGGUCGAGUUGAUAACGUGAGCUACGAGUACAAAAACACAAGCAGAGCUGACUUCAUGUUUCGUGUGUUCAAUGCAAUGGGUCAAAUGUCGUGUGCAUUUACAGGGCAUGCAGUUGUGCUGAUAAUCCAGGCUACAAUUCCAUCAACUCCUGAGAAGCCUUCGAAAAUUCCCAUGUGGAAAGGUGCAGUAGGUGCUUAUUUCAUCAACGCAAUUUGCUAUUUACCUGUGGCUCUUAUAGGCCACUGGGCAUUUGGACAAGACGUUGAUGAUAAUGUGCUUAUAGCACUCAAAAGGCCUGCGUGGCUCAUUGCCUCUGCUAUUUCAAUGGUGCUAAUCCAUGUCAUUGGUAGCUGUCAGGUUUAUGCCAUGCCUGUUUUUGAUAUGCUAGAAAGGUUGAUGGUUAAAAGAUUGAACUUUCCGCCAGGAAUUGCAGUUAGAUUGGUAUCUAGAUCUACUUAUGUAGCAUUUACACUAUUCAUUGGAGUCACCUUCCCAUUCUUCGGAGAUCUUCUUGGUUUCUUUGGUGGAUUUGGUUUUGCUCCUUCCUCAUAUUUUCUACCCAGCAUAAUGUGGCUGAUAAUCAAUAAACCUAAAAGAUUCAGCCCCAAAUGGCUUAACAAUUGGGGUUCAAUAUAUAUUGGAGUGUUCAUCAUGAUGCCAUCCUCAAUCGGUGGGUUACGCAAUAUCAUUAUUGAUGCCUCCACAUAUAGUUUCUAUAUGUAAUUGCAAAUUAUAAUUAAUUUGCCAAAUAAUUAACUUGUUCAUUUCCUGCUGAUGAUUACAAGUUACUUGAAUUAUGCAAUCAAUGUUGCAAAUUAAUCAUUUCAUAGCACUUUGUGCUAGAUGUUAUGUAAUCUUUGGAGCUAAUGCUGCACUUCUCUUGUUCUUUUUGUUAUAAUUGCUGUUUUGAUUUAAUCCUUUGGGUAAUUGUCUUGCUGUUUUGUUUUGGAUCUUAGUAUAUUCGUACUGUUUUGUUUAGGUUUUUCCAUCUAGCAUGCACUUUGGGUAGUUGGGUUUUUGGGGAGGCCUAUUAACUUUACGUUCAUGCUAAGUUUUUCAUGACUCAUUCAUUUUAAUAAAAUUUUACUUAACGUAAAAAAAUAUAAAUAAUGUAUUGCAAAUGAUGAACAAAGUUCAGCAUCAGCAAAAGAUUAACAAAAAAAAAAAAAAAAUCAGCUUCUGCAUUUUUGGUAACUGCAAGAAAAGCAGCAGCUUCCAGCAUCAUCAGCCUCUAUUUUAAGGUCAGGACAGGAGCAUAUAGAUCAAGCAUAUAUAUGCUUCACAUUUCACCAUAAAGGCCGAGUAGCAUCAGUCCCUUGAUUCGGGUUUACGAGUUAAAGAAAUUCAAUUCAGUGGAAACAGAACAAUCUUGAUCGGAAACUUGAACGAACACCUACCCCCACGACCCUGACAACAGCUGGAAAUUGAAUUGUGAUGCUUUUCUAAAGCAGGUCGUAUGUAGAGAUCUUAGAGGGAUUAUUUCUGAAAAUCUCCGGCCGAAAGUUUGGAUCUUUAAAUAUGUAUUUGGCCCAACUUGCAUCGAUUUGGCCUAACUCCUCACAACAGCUUGUAUGGAUUAUAAGCUCUGAAAUUGGCAACAGUUAUAGGAGUCAACUCCUUUUUCCUGGAGUCAGACUCUGACUCUGAGAUUGUGAUUCGGGCCUCAAUGGCAAUGAUGCAAAAGUCUACUGGGAGAUACAAUCGACAGUCUCAUCUAUCAAAAAUAUAGCUUCUGCUCGUCCUCGUUUAUCUUUCGCUUCUAUCAGAAGAUCGGCCAACAAAGCAGCCGACUGUCUUGCUAAGUUUGCUCUCGUGAUGUACAUAAUUGGAUUGUCACUGAGCUUCCUUCUAUUUUGUAUAGUGAUGCCCAUGGGGCCUUGUAACGCAAUUCAGUAGCAUUUCAA